AUGAUCGAACACAAGACGGUUGCUGUCGAACAUCUUGCAGAGGUGUCACCCGAUGAGCUGGCAGACAUUGUCCGCGAGGGGCGGGUACUCCGCAUGUCGUGCGCCUCGUGCGUGCCCAACAUUGAGGGCGCAUGCGCGGCAUGCACAGCAACGUGUCGUGUGGGCCUGCUGGCUGGCACCGCGCUGGUGAAGCCCUGCAGCCAUCAUCGCCAGCAUUGGCCAGGCGACGCUAAGGGCCCUGCCCGAUGUUCAACGGUGCAGGUUGAUGACGCGUCGGGCCGUGUGGAAGUCAAGCACGAGACCUACGCGACAUGGUCACACCGCGCUGAAGGAACUCAGAAUACGCAACGGAGCUGGAGCACGAAGCACCACCACCCACAGGAGCGAGAUCCACUUCUGCCCCAUCACCUUUAUCGCAGCCGCGUACCUGUACUCCCUGGAGGUCCUCAUUGUUGCACCCGCCGCCCACGAGGAUUUCGACUGGUGGUGGUGGUGGCGACCUCUUCCUUCAGACCGGCAUUCUCCCUCUUCACCUUUGUGUCGCCCGGGCGGUACAUCGAAUACCUCGCCAAAGGCAACAUCUCCAGCCUGAUGAAGGAAGAUAUAGUCAAAGGCAAUCGCAUGGAGGAGCGAAUUGACACCGAGCUCGUGCAGCGCGGCGACAAACUGCAGGGUGCAGGUGAAAUGGACGAGGCCAUGAUCACGGGGCGAAUAAACACUCGUCUCGUCUUCAAAGGCGUUGAUGACAUUGUCAUACGGGCGGCACCAUGGUAUAUGGUCUUUGAGGCCAAGAUAAUUGGCAGUGAGGAUGCUCAGCUGUCAAAGGCGCCCAUCCAGCAGGUACAAGCUGGCGGGGCGCUUUGUGUCAGGCAUCGUGCUGCUGUUGGUGUGUGGGUUGCGCCGCUGACCUCGGGUGCCGCUGACACAUUGGCCGUGCUUGACAAGAUGAGAACGCUGACGGUUGGAUCGCCAAAAGUCAUGUGUGCACGUGCUCGGCGAUGA